CGGCACGGGGCGCACGAUGCCCGCGGCCCACUGCUGCCCGAUGCCUGGUGGUACUGGCCGCACGGCGCCAGCAACGGCCCGCGCGCGCGGGCGGGAGCAGCCGCGGCGCCCUGGUACCAGGACAUGUGGGAGCCGGCACGGAGCCCCACGGCGGCACCGGCAUUGAGCAGCAGGCCCAGCGGUGCCCCCGGUGCCGGCAGCGGCGGGCCGGGCGGCGGCGACGGCGCAGCUCCGCCGCUCGAGGCCCCCGCGAAGCCGGUCAGUCUCGACGGCUAUGUAGUCGAGGUGAACGGCCAGAUGUCGAGGUUCUUCGCGGCGGACAGCGUCAGUGACCAGGCGCCCUCGCCCGAAGCGCAGCAGGCGCGAGCCUCGAGCGUUGACGGUGGUGGUUCGGCCAGUGCCGCGCACGCGCCAGGACGGCAGGCCCAGCGCCGCUACCAGACCCAGCGCAAGAAGCGUCAGAGGUCAGUGAAGGGAAAAGAUGCCGAUGCCGAUGCCGCUUCCUCCCCGCCACGGCCAGAUUCGCCUCGAAAGCGCUGAGAGGAGGCACCCUGGGAGAGGUCGGGGGAGCAGCGGUAUGGGUAUCUUUCUGUCCUUCCUAGAGGAUGAUCAAGAAGAAGAUCAGGCGCGGUCAAAUCCUGGUAAGCACCGCCGAGCCGCCUCCAGUCUCAGCGGCGCCGACGAGCGCCGAGGGCGCGACACUGUUGCGGGCGAACGGCGAAGUACGCGCCAGGGAGCCAGGCUGCGAGCGGAAGCGGGACGGCGAGCAGGUGUUGGCGGAGGUGACGUGCUCUUUGUCAGCGCCGGCCUGCGAUCUGCUCCCCGAGACCCGCUGGUUCGGCGGCAGGAGGUUCGGCGAGGGCGGUGCAGUGGACACGGUGGACACGACAGAGUUCUCUGUGUAGGGUCCGCGCGGGGCGCGCGGGGCCAGCCAGGCUGGCGACGUCGGCGGGGCUGCGGGCUCCUCGCGCGUGCCGCCCUCCACGUGGCGUAGCGGGCAGACUCCCGGCUGGGGUCCGAUGAGGUCAGCAUGUCGUCUGUGCGGGGCCUGCGGCGCGCGGUGGUGGAGAGACGUGCGGUUGUCUGUCCAGGAGCAGCGCGCGGUGGGGGAGCGACCGCUGCGGCCUCCGCGGGAACUGCGAGAUCCAGAGGUGAUCUUGCGUGUGUCUGUCUGUCUGUCUUUGUGGGCAGCGCGGCUUUUACGUAGCGCACUCAACUGAGAGGAGAA